CUCCCAACUCAUAAACCCUUGCGCCGCUGCUCUUUACUUCCAGACUCUCUGUCAUCUUGAAACUGCUAGUUGAGAUUCUUGGCGACCAAAGGAAUCGCCCAUCGGCUACAACAAAUGAAGUCUUAGCUAAAAGUGAUUUCUACUCCAGGAGUUUCAAUCGGUUACAAUAAACAAUACGGCAAAGAAGAAAUUAAAGACGUGCUUGGUUAUUUUGAGGAUUUUGGAGUGACACACCAUCUUGUCUGAGACCUGCAAAACAGUUUCUUACUUUUAGGGAUUUGGGUUGGAGGUGGCUGUUGGCGGUUGGGAUGAUAUCCAUGAUGAGCACCACCAACGACGGCGGUGUGGAGUUGCCAUUGGUCGCCUUUGGAGAUGUCGCUUUAACCGGUGCUGUUGGUUCCGCGGCAGGUUUGGAGUUGAGUAUAGUGGUGGGGUCGGCAGAAGCUGCUGCGCGGGUUUCACUUGCAGACGCUGAUGGAUCAAAUGAUACGGGGAUUUUUGCUAAUGCCAAUGGCCGUAAUGUUUGCAGGCUGGAGAACAAGGGGAAUGGAUUUGGUGAUGUCAGUGGUGGAGAAAAUAAGCACGGUUCUUCUGGUUUGAGAGUGCAGGGGAAUGGUAAAAAGGCUGGGUCGCGGAAUGGGAAACUGGAGCGUAAGACAAAUAGGAGCAUGUUGGCGGUAUAUAAGUCUAUUUUAUCUGAUUAUGAUUCUAUUUUAUCUGCAUUUGAUGAGUUCGCGGCCACAGUAAAGAGUGAAACUGUUGGACAUGGAUAUAAACUUGGAGAUAUGGUGUGGGGGAAAGUGGACUCCCACCCGUGGUGGCCCGGGCACAUAUAUAAUGAGGCGUUGGCUUCUCCUACUGUUCGGACGACCAAGCAUGAGGGUUACGCUCUGGUAGCUUUUUUUGGGGACAGCAGCUAUGGGUGGUUUGACCCAGCGGAGUUAAUUCCAUUCGAGGAAAACUUUGAAGAGAAGUCUAAGCAAACAACGUCAAAGCCCUUCUUACAGGCAGUGGAGGAAGCUUUAGAUGAGUUAUCAAGAAGAAGGAGUUUGGCUUUCGCCUGCCGCUGUAGAAAUGAGUUUAAUUUCUCACCCUCAAGUGUCGAUGGAUAUUUUGUUGUGGAUGUGGGGGAUAAUGAGCCUGGGAUUUACGGUUGGAGUCAGAUAAAUGGAGCUAGAGAUAGUUUUCGGCCAAGGGAGAUGCUUUCUUUCAUACAGCGGUUGGCCUUGGAUCCCAUGAAUGACCAGCAUUCAACUAUUGAUUUAAUCAACAACAAGGCAACAGUUUUGGCAUGUAGAAAGGCAUUGUUCGAGGAGCUUGAUGAGACUUAUGCUCAGGCUUUUGGAACUGCAAUGGUGCGUCCUAAACCCGCUGCGCCAGUGACUGUGGAUCCAUCUAAAGCUCCUUUGAGUGGCCGAUUGGUGGUUGCGGAAGCUCUUGGUAGGGGAGUGACAUCUCCCAAACCUACCAAAACAAAGGAUCAAGUGGAGAAGGAAACAUAUUUGUUUAAACGGCAAGAUGAAUCAAUCCAGAAGAGCAAGAAAGCAACUUCAGGCCAACUGGUUCCUUCCUCACGUCCGCUGGCGGCGGUGGAUGGAUUGGGAUCUGCUAAGAAAGUAAUGUACCCUAGCACAAGACUCCACAUGUACCAGGCUUCUGAGUAUGGUACCCCUGAUGGUCAGCAUCAACCUAAAAGUUUCCAAGCAUCCAUGCCCAUUGAUAUCAGUCCUUCUGAAGGUUCUCGGAAACAUGUUAAAUGUGCAAUGAAAAAAGCUAAGGUGAAAAAGCGGCCUGCUGGGGAAUUAAAUGCUGAGAAUGCAAAUGUGGUUGAGAAGAACAAAAAAAUAAAGAAAACAAGCACUGAAACUGGUGGUAGAGUUGGGCAGUUUUCUGUUGUUGUCAGUAACAGCACUGUAGAAAGAGAGAAUGUAUCAGGGUCGCCACUCCAUUUUCCAUUUAUUGAUAAUAAUGGGUUGGACAAUCAUAAGAAGGAUCUUAUUCUGGGCUCUUUGUCAUCUCAUUCACAGCCAGCAGUUGACUUUGGAAAAAUGGAGCUUCAAAUGCUAGUGAGAGAUCUACAUGCUCUUGCUCUCAAUCCCUCUCAUGGAGCGGGGAGGAGUUGCCCAGCUGUCAUCAUAGAUGUUUUCUCAAAAUUCCGCUCCCUUGUCUAUCAAAAAAGCAUUUUGUUAUCACCGCCAGUUGAGACUCAUGCAAGUGACGGAAACUGCAAUGAUUUAUCUGCUGCUGCCUUGGUUGUUCCUGCUGCCAAAACCAAAAAAAUUGUGAAACGUUUAGUGAGGCGUGAUGAUCCCACCAAAGGUGGGAAGAAACGUGGUCCACCUGAUCGUCUGGGAUAUGUCAAGAAAAAGAAGCUUGGUGUCCUGAAAAAUAUUAAGAAGACAAGGAAGGUCAAUGACUCCAGGGACACUAAUAAAAAGAAGAUAGAUGACUUAAGAUUAUUGGCAGGAGAAAGAAGAAUUGUCCAGAGAUCUAAUGAUACCCAGGGGGGCCAUGUGAGAGAAAAAGGUGCUAAACCUGUGCCUCCAACACUUACAAAAGCUGUAACAGUAGAACCUAGCCAGAGGAUGGAGCAGGCAGUAAGAGUGGUUAAACCAACUAUGCUGGUCAUGAAAUUUCCAACUGAUGCACUACUCCCAUCCGGUGCACAGCUAAGAGCAAGAUUUGCCCGCUUCGGCCCUCUAGAUCAUUCGGCUACAAGAGUGUUCUGGAAAUCUUAUACAUGCCGCCUGGUCUACCUGUACAAGGAUGAUGCAGAAUCCGCUUUGAAGUUUGCUCAUGAAGCUAACAACUUGUUUGGACGCACACAUGUGAAAUCCUAUAUCAGGGAAGUGGAAGGCGAUGCAGCGGAAUCAGAACCAGUCAACCUUCAGAAGGAAGCCGUCUCAUUUGGGGCCUCAUAUCUCAGAGACUCUGCAGUUGAGCAGAGAAUGGGCCCAAUAACUGCUGCUCAGCCACUACAGGCGGUGCAACUCAAGUCCUGUCUCAAGAAGCCCUCUGGAGACGAUGGUGGGAGUGGCAGUGGAAAAGGUGCCAAGGUAAAGUUUCUCUUGGGAGGUGGUGAAAGCAUUAAUAGUGAGCUUCUAUCUGUCGAGAAUAAGAUAAAGACCAUUGCUAGUUUUCCCGAGGUAGCUGCUUCUAUACAUGCACUGGAUGCUGGUAAUAAGAUUUUACCAAAAUUUAUUCCUCAGACCAAUAUUUUUGCACAAUCAAUUCCCUUGCCAAAGUUGCCUGCUGACAUUGUUUCUCUCGAGCAAGGACCUACAAUUUUUAAUGCCCCACCCAGGCAACAAAUGUCCAGGCCACCUGACAUCUCACAAGAGAUGCUUAAUCUGCUAAUUAAGUGCCAUGGCGUGGUGAACACUUUGACGGGGGUGUUGGGGCACAAGCCUUAUCACCGUCUUUAGACGGGGUUGGGAGGUAAUAGGCUCGCAAUGCUUAAAGAAACGGAGCAAGAAAAUCAUCAGGCAAAUGGUGGCAUCCCCUUCCCCAUGUGGCAUUGCGUAUCAAGAAAUGGGUUGAAAGCAUGGAGUUGUUUUAUGUUCUGGUGUAACUUUGUGUGAAAGAUGUAAUAGUGAUAGGUUUGAAGUGUGUGCGUCUAUUUAGAAACUCGUUACUGCUUGUAGAAUGAUGUGAAUCAUUUGCGACAUCUUAUCUUUCGUGAAGUUUCCUAUUACUUUCUUGA